CUCUCCCAGCUCGGACGCCGGCCUUGUCCGCUCGCAGAGAACUUCCGCCAAAUGAAGCGUCCUGCGGCGUGGCGGCGGGGACCUGGGGGACGGCACAGACGAGGCCCCCGCUCUGUCCCCCGCUGCUCCUGGCCGCCGGCCCGUGACGCUCGGAGGCCGCCCAGUUGCUAGGCAGCGGCGUCCGGACGCGGAGGGCGGGGCGGGCGAUGGACCAGUACUGCAUCCUGGGCCGCAUCGGGGAGGGCGCGCACGGCAUCGUCUUCAAGGCCAAACACGUGGAGACUGGAGAGAUCGUCGCCCUGAAAAAGGUGGCCCUGCGGCGGCUGGAGGAUGGCAUCCCCAACCAGGCCCUGCGGGAGAUCAAGGCCCUACAGGAGAUUGAGGACAAUCAGUAUGUGGUGCAGCUGAAGGCCGUGUUCCCUCACGGGGCAGGCUUCGUGCUGGCCUUCGAGUUCAUGCUGUCAGAUCUGGCUGAGGUGGUCCGCCACACCCAGAGGCCGCUUGCCCAGGCACAGGUCAAGAGCUACCUGCAGAUGCUGCUCAAAGGUGUCUCCUUCUGCCAUGCCAAUAACAUUGUGCAUCGGGACCUGAAACCAGCCAACCUGCUCAUCAGUGCUUCAGGCCAGCUCAAGAUAGCAGACUUUGGCCUGGCCCGGGUCUUUUCCCCAGAUGGCAGCCGCCUCUACACACACCAGGUGGCCACCAGGUGGUACCGAGCCCCCGAACUCCUGUAUGGUGCCCGCCAGUAUGACCAGGGGGUCGACCUGUGGGCUGUGGGCUGCAUCCUGGGGGAGCUGUUGAAUGGGUCCCCACUUUUCCCGGGGGAGAACGACAUCGACCAGCUUUGCUGUGUACUUCGCAUCUUGGGCACUCCUAGCCCUCAGAUCUGGCCGGAGAUCACGGAGCUGCCUGACUACAACAAGAUCUCCUUCAAGGAGCAGGCGCCUGUGCCCCUGGGGGAGGUGCUGCCGGACGCCUCUCCCCAGGCCUUGGACUUGCUGGGGCAGUUCCUCCUCUACCCUCCUCGCCGGCGCAUUGCGGCCUCCCAGGCCCUUCUGCAUCAAUACUUCUUCACAGCUCCCCUACCCGCCCACCCUUCGGAGCUGCCAAUUCCUCAGCGCCCAGGGGGAUUGGCCCCCAAGGCCCACCCGGGGCCUCCUAACAUCCAUGACUUCCACGUGGACCGGCCCCUCGAGGAGUUGCUGUUGAACCCGGAGCUGAUUCGGCCCUUCAUCCCAGAGGGCUGAGAUGCUGGACCAGGCCCCACCAGCCUGUCUUCCAGGGCCUCUGUUCUUCUGCUCCAGCCUGCGUCAGCCUCCCAUGGCCACACUACGACCAUUCUGGGCUCACUCCACACCUGGUCCUGCCCCAGUAGAGAAGGAGACCUGAGGCUGUGCCCUUGGCUUCCCAUCUGUGUGCUGUGAACAUACCCAGCAGAGAGACAGUGAGCCCACUACCAUGCUGGCCGUGGUGCUGCUUCUCCAGGCGCUGCCUUUGGUCAGGGAUGGUCCUGGUAGAGCCAUCUGUGGGAGCACAAAGAUGUCCUCGAUUUGGAAACCCAAGUGAGAAGGGAGGUUUGGUUUGCUUUUGUUCUCAGUGAUAAUAAACACUAGUUCUGUUUUGAGAUUUAUUAUGAAAAACUCCCAAGUAGUUCUUCCUGGUGUCUGCCUUUCUUCUGUUCUUAAUCAAGAGAAGUAGCUGAUGUGGCAUCAUCUCCUGGUCCUCACUUCUCUGUGGUCACCGGGAAAGUGGCCCCAUUCAUGGCUCCUCUAGUCUUGGGAGCGUUCUGCGGGCUUUAUACGAUGGAGCUCCCAUUUGGAGGUGACAUGAACCAAACAUCAUAACCUGGCUUCAGACGUCUUCAGCCCUUUGCAGAAGGUGAGCCAGAACCAGAUGUGCCAUCUUCCUUAGCGAUACCGAGCAAACAAGGAAGCCAGCAUCCCUGAAACUCAUGUUAAUUCAGUAAAU